UGGUAUGGAACAGAACAAAGCAAGAGGAAGACUUUCUUAGAGUAGAGUUUGAUUCCAAGAAUUAUAGCUUAACUAAUGAAAGGAAGAUCUUUCAUUAGGAACACUGGCAGCAGUAUGUUUUGUACACUUGAGGUGCUGAACAAGUUUACAGGGUGCAAGAUGCUCAGGCUGACAUGUAACAUGCAAAGAGAUUUAAAAAUAUGCAGUAUUUGGCUCACAGAAUCACAAAAUAGUAGAGUUGGAAGAGGUCAAGAAGGUCAUUGGGUCUAUGAUCACAGAUGGGGAACAAGCCAAGCUUGCUGGCUUCGCAUGAUGUGAGAAGCCGUGCUGCUGAGGGUAACUAUGCUAAUCUUCCCAGCUCAUGACUGGCACACGUGGGGUGGUUAAUGAGCCAUGGUAUUAAUCACCCUGUGAUCAUGCAAACUGGGUUAUAAUAUGGUUAUGUGUUUAUAUUAAAUCAUGGUAAAUACUGUGUUUAAAUUUACAUUUAUAAGUAUAUUUUAGCAUGUGCAACCUCUGUCCUUUUUAUCCCUUUUUACCUUUUAUUUUGGCAGUUUGUAAGCAGCUGCCCUGUCUGAGCAGAGGUUCAGCUCUCAUUUGUGUUCUCCGGAUUGUGCCUUCGCCAGCUUUAAAAUAUAAGAAUACUCCAGAAAUACCUGUUUUAGGGAACGAGGCAGUAGCAUGAAUACAGUCUCAGAUUAAUUGCGGGUGUAUCUCUGUGCCAGUGAAAUUGUUGGUUGUGAAACAGAAUGUGUGGAACAGGGUAGAACGCAUCUGCAAUGCUCCCUUGCAAAGAACGCUUUUACUGCUGUGGUCCAGAGUUGCACUGCAGAUGGCGCUGCAGAAUGAUGGUUUUAAUCCAGCACCGCCAGUCUGGACUCUCAUAAUGCUUUCCCAAUCUGGUUUCUUCCACAGGUGUUGGAUGUGGAAGAAAACCUAGGAGAUGCAGAACUGUCUGUGCAUAUUUUCAAAUGGGAAUUUGGAUUUACUGUGAAAAGCAUACACUGAUAACGCUGAUUAACUGUAAUCAAAACGUGGAACGCUCACCAAGGAUGAGGUCCUGUGCCAAAUCAAUGCUUCCUUCUCAGCGGCUGUUCCUGGCAUAUGUGUUAAUGGUGUGCUGUAAAUUGUUGUCCGCGACUAGCCACCAUCCCCGGGGGCACCCAGGCCACCACCAAGUGAAGCAAGGGACGUGCGAAGUGGUUGCUGUGCACCGGUGUUGCAACAAGAACCGGAUCGAAGAGCGGUCGCAAACGGUCAAGUGCUCUUGCCUCCCGGGGCAGGUUGCUGGCACAACGAGGGCGCAGCCCUCCUGCGUCGAAGCUGCUAUUGUUGUCCAGAAGUGGUGGUGUCAUAUGAACCCUUGUCUGGAAGGAGAAGAAUGUAAAGUACUGCCAGAUUAUUCAGGUUGGUCGUGCAGCAGUGGAAACAAAGUCAAAACUACCAAGGUGACACGGUAGCAGAACACAACCCUGUGCCAAAGCUGGAACCGAGGGACUUACAGCUGUAUUACCUGUUGCACAGAGACAUUCGUUUUGUGAGAAUACUAUCAAGCUGGACUGUCAAGAACUGGAGCAGUGCCCCUUUCUAAUGCUGGCAGCAUUCUUUAAGCUACACUUUUCUUACAAAGAACUGUAUACAUUUUAAAAUCAAGAACGAUGAGUCUAUCCUUUUUAUGCUCAAGACGAACAUAUGUAAACAAGCAACUAGAACACCCUCCGCAGUGCAUCAUCUCUAGGACUUGAUUUAUGGCAUUAUGAAUCCUGGAACCUUGGUUGAGAUGUGAAGCACCAGUAAUAAAUUCAAGUGAAGGAAAAUGAUAGAAAAGAAAUCAUCAAGAAAAUGAUAGGAAAGACAACUGAAUUACUGAUAGAAAUUCUGCUUCAGUAAAUUCCACUUACCUGAGAUUGACUUAGUAGCAAACAAAGUAGGAAGUAAAUAAUUGUGGUUAUUAAAUAAGUAGCCCUUGCCAGUCUUCAUAUUCUGUUACAGUCUGUGAAGUUAUGCUUCUUUCCAUUUGUAGCGCUAAAGGCAGUAACAAAGAUACUGGUUUCAAAAUAGAGAUGGAUGCUAGUGUGCCAGACAGCCCUGUCUGCUGGGAAACGGGGGAACAGACAUCUUCGUAGCUUCUUUGCUUCCAGAAAUUGAAAGAAAAUGGAGCCAUUAAUUACAUAUUUUCACCCAAGAUGAGGAACAAUGGGGUCACUGCUUUAUAUUCUCCUAAUUACAACCGUGGAAAGUGACUUCAUAAGAAAUAGGAUACUUUCCCCAUGUAUAGAGCUGGGGAAAGGUAGUUAAAUAGAUCUAAUUUCUACACUGAUUCUUGUUUGACAGGGCUGAAUGGUGUGGAAUUCUGACUAAAGCUCCCCACACUGCUGGAGUGCAGAGGUCAACAAGUAGGACAGUGCACCCACAUGUACAAUUAGAGCGUUACCCUGGUAGAAACUACCAUUGAUAAACUGGGCUAACAGCACUGGAGUGCCAGCCUGAGCAAAGCAAAGGAGCAAGCCCAGCUUGUUGUACUGCAAGACACAAUCUCAAUUUCCUUCUGAUCGGUUGGUGCAGCUUUUCAAGCACUGACAUAGAUGAGUCUGGAACAAGAGGAUGGGGCAUAAAGCAUCUUCAUUUUUGUGAUGGCUUAGAAUUGCCUGUGUUUUGCAUCUGUUAUGAUUGGCUGUGAUCUACUGCUGAGCCCUGUGUCAUCUCCUAGUGCCAGUGCAGCAAAAUGGAAAUUAUUGAUUGUAAGUCACUGAGCAAUACACUGGGACUUGCUUAUAUUGCCAAUGUAGCACCUAGAAAGAAUAGUGGAAGGAAGCCGUUCUAUUUGGAGUUUCUUGUUCUCAUUGUAUCCUAUUAGAUAGCAACUUUAUUGCUCAUAACUAAAGUUCUAGGUAAAAAGAGGGUCUUCACUUUCAGUUAGCUGCUAUUUAUACUGAUUAGAAUAAUUAAACAUCCAGUUCUUUGACAGACUACAUUUUCUAGCUCAUACAAUUUAUGACAUGUAAUUGUUUCCUAUUAUUUUAGUUGUAUCUCAUUCCAGUCUCCAUCUUUCCCUAAGUGCUACAUGCUUUUGUUUUGUCAUCAGCCUGCAUAAAUGGAACUGUAAAAGGAGGUGAAUUUAUA